GGAAGCUAUAGUAAAUAAAUCUUGAAUAAAUUUGAAUAUUGAUUUUGUAUAUGUUAUUAGAUAUCCCAAAAUUGAAUAUCAAAUAGAAAGUGAUUGAUUGAAAGGAUUUGUUUUUGGAAAUCCACUUUAUCAACAUAUAAAUACUUCUUUUACUUCAGUUAGAAUUUUGUUGACCUAGAGCUAGGUUGGGAGAAGCAGAAUGAAGAAGAACUAUCGAGAAAAUAGGAAAGAUAAUCUUUGUUUUGGUACACGAAUUCCAAGGCAUCGCUUGCUGAAUUCAAAACUAUCAGACUAUCCUGGUCCAUUUGAAUACUGUCCCAAUGUGGGACUUAUCAAAAAGUAUCCCAAUAAAACUGGCUAUACUCUUAUAGCCAGUAAAACCCCAAGAAACAAAGAAAAUGGGAAAUUGAAGUGUGUCGUUCCUCCAGUCGGAACUUAUGACAUUGAUAGCCCCAAAUUUUGCAAAACAUCUGCAAAACCAUUUGGAAUUGGGGAAAAACUGAAGAACUAUUCAAGAUUUUUAACUCCAGCUCCUGGAACUUAUAACUUUUUCAAACGCCAAGUUCAGGUUUGUACUUCUUUUGGCCAUGACAGGAUACCAAUUCCAUUGGCUAUUAUUACCUGUGGACCAUUUAACAUGGCUUAUUGUUCGAAUUGUGAGCAAACGCCAAUUGGUGAUUAUUGGCACAAAAAUACAACAAGCCAAGACUUGUGUCGGCCUUGCAUGGAAGAGAAGUUAGCUGCUUUGAAAAAGUGUGGUACCAAAGUUGUAUUGAAGCACCGAAAGAUAAAGGAGCUUAAAAUGUACACCCUGAAACGUUAUUGUGGCUUUUUUCAUGAACACAAUGGCACCAAGGCAGCAGUUCAACAAAUGACAACCAAGGAUUUGAUAUUCAAGUUUCGUAAGGAAAAUUACCUAUCUUCGUUUGGUUUGUGAAAAAAACUAAUUUUAAAAAUCAAAUAAAAUAAUACAUACAAAUGUACAUACAUAAGUUUUCUUAAAGGCACAUGUGUUUAAUUAAAAUAUUUUUGA